AUGCCCUGCUUCAAGGGCAUUGCGGUGAGCAUCCAUGCCAACUCGGCUCCGCUCCCCGAGUACGGCAUGCAGAAGCAGUCGCGCUUCUCCCGGAUCAGCACCUACAUACCCGUGCCUCAGCCGCAGCUGACGGGCGAGGAGAAGAAGCCUGAGCCCGCCAAGUUUGCCAUCUCCAUCACCCUGCUGACCCCGGGCCUCGCCAUCCCCUACUCGACCCCGAAGCCCACCGAAGCCAACCCCUCGCCCCAGGCACAGUACGUCGGCGGCCUGCCUCCCGGCUCCGUUGGCGAGCGGGGCAAGUUCUCGGGCGUUGUCAACCCCUACACGCCCAUGACCAACUCGGAGAACGAGACGAUUGCCGCCUACAUCUACUUUGACGGCCGCGCCAAGGAGGAGGUGGCCACCCUGCUCCGCCCCGGGGAGGAGACGUGGGUGAAUAGCAGAUGGGUCCAGGUGCCGGACGCCGAGGGGGGAGGGCUGGCCGAGCGCGAGUUCCUCUUCCGCGAGGUCGGGCUCGAGCGGUGGCUCAACGGGCUGGACCUCCAGGGCCACGACACUGCCGAGAGGAUCGAGAAGCGCCGCCAGAAGUUUGAGAGGCGCCAGCGUCGGCAGGCUGCCCAGCUCGAGGCCAGCGCCGGCGGUAUGAAGACCGAGGACCAGGGAUCGCCCAGCAAGAGGGACAUCCUCCGCUACGGUGCCGACGACGACACCCCCCUCGAAGCCGUCGACGACGAUUCCGAUCCCCUCUCCUCGGACGACGACGACGACAUCCCCGAGGCCACCGGCCAGAUCAAGGUGGCCAUGUUCCGCGUCCUGGCGUCCGGCGAGGUCAAGAAGGGCGAGUAUUCGCCGCAGUUUGACGCCCACGAGGGCGACGAGGAGGACGGCGGCAACGGCAACGGCAUGGGCGCGGACGUCGAACACACCACCAGCUUUGCCAAGCCCAAGACACUUGAUCCGAAGACUAUCAGCACUCAGACGGUGACGGGCAUCGACGCUCCCGACAAGCCCUAUGCCGUCUUCACCUUUUUCUACCGGGGCGAGAAGCAACUUCAAAAGGUUGGAGUCAUGAACUCGUCCAAGGCCCCGCAACCUACCCCUGGCUCGGCAAAGAGGCGCUCAGGCCAGCUCGACUUCUCCAGCAUCGGCCCGCUGAAGGCAGGCGGCACUGUCGGCUUCUCGGCCUUCCGUGAUCGGGAUACGGAGAAGAAAUCCAAGGCACGCAAGAAGAGCAACGGAAACAUUGCCGACGACAGCGACGACGACGACGACGACGACGACGACGACGGAACGGACGUUCUGAAGAUGGAGGACACUGACGAUAAGAUCGACGAUAAGAAGCUGGGACCUGAGGAUGCGCAAUCCUCUGGGGAGCUCGCUGACGGUGUCAACCGCAUCCAUCUCAAGAGGGCACACUCCGCCGAACCGUACAGCACCCACCCCACCCCGGAGGCAUCAGGGGACUCCUCGACGGCAGCGCAGGAUGCUCCGACGACGGACCAGCCCCCGCCGGCAGGGGACGGGCCGCCAGAGCUCGCCGUGCCCAGCGCACUGGCGCCCGACGUGGCCCUUGUCGGCAGUCCGCUCAAGAAGCACCGUCCUAGCGUGGACUUUUCGGCAUCGGAGAAUCCGAAUAAGUUUUCCUCGACACAGACUAUGACGGCCGCACUGGACUCCGUCCUCUCGGGCGGACCUGCGCCUGCGCCCGCCAACACCGCCUCGCCGAGCGCUCAAUCAGAGCAGCAGCAGCAGCAGCAGACCAAGCCUUCGAUUGCAGAGGCAGAAGAGGAGCUGUAG